AUGCAUGUACUCAUUGUCGGAGGAGGCGUGGGCGGUCUCAGCCUAGCCCAAUGCCUUCGCAAGCAGGGCAUAUCUUUUCAAGUCUUCGAGCGUGACGCCUCCCCUGACUCGCGCUUCCAAGGAUGGGCCAUCGGUAUCCACACCAUCGUCGAUAAGCUCCAGGCUUCGUUUCCAGACGACCUGCCUAAACUGAAGGAUGCGACGGACCAUCUCCAGCCUCUGAACCUCCCUGCUCAGAUGGCAUUGUACUUCCCUGGUCGCGAUAUCCGUUUGGGCGUUGAGGACACCCCUGAGGCGCCAAUCAUCCGUUCUGAGCGUCACCGCCUCCGAGAUUGGCUAUCCACCAAUAUUCCCAUCGAAUGGAAUAAGCGUGUGCAGCGAAUCGAACACGAUGACGAAGGCGUCACUGUCUUUUUUGAGGAUGGCACAAGCGCCAAGGGAGACAUUCUCGUUGGCGCGGAUGGCAUCAACAGCGUUGUCCGAGAGCAGCUACUCCAGCGCCCUGCAAACGAGCUCCUCAAGAUUGUCCCUCUUGCUGCCAUUGUCGGUGAGGUGACCCUGGCAGAAGAGGCAUUUCAGCGUCAGCUCGCCUUGGGUCACAGUGCCUACGUCUACAUCAACCCCGCCCAGGGCUUCGCCCACUUCAAUGGCCUGCACGAGGUCCUCCCCGGCGGUCGCUCCGGCCGCCACUACUGGAUGUUCAUGCAGCCCGACCCCACGAUCGAGCAAGCAGACCAUUGGCUCCGCAAUGCCUCCCAGCAGGAGAAGCUGGACUAUGUCCUCAAAGCCACGGCUGACAUGCCGCCUCAGUUCCGUGAGUUGUUCGAGCUGACCCCUGCUAGCGGCAUCAAGCCCGAGAUGCACAUCUGGCGUGACCUCGAGCUUGAGAGCUUGCCAGCCGGUCGUGUGAUCCUUUUGGGUGAUUCCGCGCAUGCUAUGACCCCCUUCCGUGGAGAGGGCGGGUACCACACCUUCAUUGACUCGAUGAAUCUGUCUCGGCUCCUAGCCGGCGUCGAUGGUAAGGACCUCGACGCGAUCAAGGCUGCCGUCACCGAGUACAAUGCCGAGAUGCUUGAGCGCGGCGCUGAGGCGGUGCGCAACUCGAGGGAUGAGAACUCGAGCAGGCGCUUGAAGAAUAAGGAUGCUAAGAUCACUACCGCCAACCAGGCGGUUCGACCUUUACCUCGUGUACCCAUCGUACUGCCUGUGCCGAACUAG